ACUGUAGUCAGUAGCACAGUAAACACACAUACAGAAACAAACUAUAAAAAUAAUUCACAAACAUCACAAACAUAACUGACAUAUACAAAAAUAUACAAAGAUGCCUUCUGUUGUGGGUGCUAUACCCAAGGCUGGCCUCGAUGGCGUCAUACCCGAGUGGUUUCGCCUAGACUGGCCGCCGGAAAUACUACACGGCAUCUAUAGAGAUUGGGGCACAUAUUAUUUCAAUCGACGUCGCGAGACCUUUGCGCAAUAUUAUUUUAAUUUGGCACUGCAGCUGGAGCCCGAUGAUUAUCCAACUUUAUAUAGACGCAGUCAGGCCAAGCGUAAAGCGGCUGAAAUCGAUGGCGCACUGCAAGAUGCCAAGGUGGCUGCAAAAAUGGCGCUUGAUGCCAGAGGUCCAAAUGUGCUGAUAAAUGGUUUGGUCUGCGAUGCGCUAUUCGAGUUGAAUCAAUUUGAGAACAGCAUGAGCGAAAUGUACAACAAUGUGCAGAUUUUUGAGGGCGUCAAAGUUGAAACAUUUAAAAAGCGUUUAAUUGUCCUUGAGGAAAUAAUCAAUGAUAUAACGGGUGAAGCGCUGUCCAUAUUCUUUUUAAAAAAUCAAAAACUUGUUGGCCAUGUAAGCGAGAUUUUAAGAGCUAAAGAGUUUGUCGACACGCGUCCCUUGUGGAAAAUCUUGCGAGAUCAAGGCAAAUGUGAUGUGUUGAGCAUACCAGAAGUGGAGGAAGUGCUAUUAUCGCCGCUGGAAAUGGCGCGUCGAAAACGCGCAUUCAAUGUAGUGCUGCAGAAUUAUUUGAACGAUGCGUGGUUUGAUGUGCUCUUUACCAAAAAUCUACGCACUAAUCCCAAUCUGCUGCUGAAUCAAUGCAAAUAUUCCAAGCAAUUUCUAUUUGAUUUCUUGAACAAACAAUACAACAUCGUUUGGCGUUUUAUAAAAAUGAUACAUACACGCAGUCCGCUGUACUUCUUGAGCUUUGUCAAGUUUUCGAAUAGAAAAAUGCUGGAAAAUUUCAGAGAGGCUUAUCUAUAUCGUGUGCAGUAUCAAACGCAUCGCAAUAUGCUUGCCGAUCUGAAGCAAAUACGCAAGCUGCGCGAGGAAAAAAAGAUAAAGGCCUUGGCGCAGUAUGUGGAACGUGUUAUGGGCGAUUAUUAUGUAACCAAAACUACGCGCGUCAUGUGCUGGAAAUUUGAAUUCAUCAACGAGGUCUACAAUAUUUUUGCGCUGGCGCUUUCCGAGCAAUACUAUGUGCCCAAGCGUUAUAGAUUAACUCCGCGCUCCAUGUGGCAGCUUUUAUAUUUACCCGAGGAUAAAAUCAAAGACAUUGUGCCCUUUGUCUUUGGCGAUCGUUCGACGUAUCAGGAAGGCGAUCCCGAUGCCGUCGCCGCCAAGACACGCAAGUACCUGGGCCGCUUGGAAUUGCGCCUACGCUUUGCCAAAUACUCCAUAGAGAAAUGUUAUCUGUAUCAUCAGCUGGCGUCGGGGCAUUUGAUGCGUGGUGGGCAUGAUGAGUGCUGCUUCAAUGCGCGCAAGGCCAUUCGAGAGGCGCGCAGCUGCAACAAUAUGCUGUGGGAGUUUCUCAGCAUUAUACUGAUUAUCAAGGCGAAUACCAUGCUCUAUAAGGUGGAGCGCACUAAGGAGGCGCUGGAGGAGGCGCUGCCGCUAACGGAGCGCAUGCAAAAUCCGGUGCUAAUCAAAUUUAUUGAUUUGUGCCUCUACGCCACAGAGGAAGCUUAUACCAAGAAGGUGGCCUCGAUUAGCAGUCGAAUGAGUAAAGUUUCUGGUGGCGGCUCCGUACAUUCUAAUUAGUACUUUUUAUAAAAACAAAUUAAAAUAAUAAUUUAAUAAAAAUUUAUAAACUC